CGAGGGAUGCCAUUUCGCGCGCGUUUGCGACACACGCGACGUUGCUUUGUCACGUCAUUAUUAUUCAUUGUAUUUUUGACGCUGAAAAAUGAGGGCGCUCGUCAUUUUGUUGCUUUUCGCGGUGAUUGUUACGAGUUACCAAAUGUCGCGAUCAGAAAUCCAACCAGAAAUCAUAUACGAAUGGAAGUAUAUUCCGCUCAAAUGGAAAUCAGUGGAGCAGAAAAAGGAAGCGAUUAAUGCCGGCUAUGUGGACAAGAGGGGUGCUUUAUACGACGUAGACGUAGACGUAAAAAGUGGUAGAACAUUCGUUACUUCGGUGAGAGACAAUUUCAGUAUACCGGUCAGUUUGAUGGUGGUAGAUAACAAACCAGAUGUCUUAGAUGUCAAUAAUACCUCAGGUGGUCCGCUUCUGGCUCCUUAUCCUAAUUGGGAUUGGUACCCAAUUGAGAACACAUCGAACAUAUCGAACAUAAAUUGCAACCGCAAUCGCAUCACGAACUGUUACAGGGUGGAUAUCAAAUGCAACCGCAUUUACGUUCUGGAUUCCGGAAUAAUCGAUGAUAAAAUGUGGUGUCCUCCGCAACUGCUCAUCUUUGAUUUAAAGACUGAUCAAUUAGUUGAAAAAGUCACAAUUCCCAAGAAGUUCGCUACCAAUAAAAACGGCACUGGUUUAUUGGUGACAAUUAUCGUGGACUGUUUGGAUUGUAAAAAUAUUGAUAAUUGUGUGGUGUACAUGGCUGACACAGAGGGUUUCGGUUUAAUAGUGUGGCAGAAGCAACGUGGAUUCUGUAGAUAUGAAUCCAAUGACAUGCGACCGACCGAUUAUAAUUUCACUAUAGCUGACCAAAGUUUUACAUUGGGAGACGGUAUUCUCGGCAUGGCAUCUAUCUGUAAAAACUUGUUCUACGCUCCUUUGUCGAGUUUAAAGAUAUCUAAAAUGAAGAAAUGCGAUCUGACUAAACCGCUUCUUUGUAACGAGAUUAAUGACCUAACUAAUGACCAAACUACCAUGGUGACUGAGUUAUCGGGUCAGACGGGUCCUAUGGCAUCCAAGUACUGCGCAUUAUUUUUUAGUAAUGUCCCGGACACAAGCAUUUUGUGCAAAGACACCGGUAGAUCAAACUCCAGCAAUGAGGUCAUGGCAUAUAAUCCCGAAACAUUGCAAUUUAUAAGUGGGAUGAAGACCAGGUGUAAAAACCUAUAUUUUUUAAGUAAUAGAUUACAGCGUGAUAUGACCAACACGCGUAAUGAUAACGAAAUAAACUACCGUGUGCUGAAAAUUGACAUCUGUAAAAUAAAAUGUAAUACAAAUUGUUUUAAGUCUUGCAGCGAUAGUUACGUUUGUCAUUGUCCUGAUGAUGAUCAUCGUGGUCGUCCUCAUGGUGGUCGUCCUCAUGGUGGUCGUCAUCAUGGUGGUCCUCCUCAUGGUGGUCGUCCUCAUGGUGGUCCUCCUCAUGGUGGUCCUCCUCAUGGUGGUCGUUCUCAUGGUGGUCCUCCUCAUGAUGGUUGUUAUGAUGGUGAUUAUCGUGGUCGUCAGCAUGAUGAUGAUAAUUGUUAUAACCAUCCUGAUGGUCAUAAAUAUUGGUGGUUAGGUUAGGUUACAAAUACACACACACACACAUAUAUAUUGUGUAAUGCUAAGGAGUUUGUAUAUUAAUUAAAGUCAAAAUGUAUUUCUCCUUCCGAUAGAAUAGUAUUUGCACAAUAGCGGAUUGCUAUAUUGCGUGGAGACGAGACCAUUUAGCUCGGUAAUUCGCGCUCCGCCGCUGGAAUAUUAUAACUUCUAAAUAAUAAUCAACGCGAGUUUGAUGCAGAGUCCCUUGUUAUCGAGUGCGCUAAUUAUUCCCGCUUCAUAUCAUCUGAUAUGAAAGUUUUAAUCGGCUGUAUAAUUAGAUAUAUGCCGUAUGAUUAAAAUUACGAAUCUGCUAAUAUCCGCCUGUAUUUCCCGGUGAAUUAAUAAAAUUAUGACACGUAUUACGCUAUACGCGUAUAGGGGUUAGCGAGUUGUUACAAUAGUAAUUUGGACGUGAUCAAUAAACUUCGCAAAUAAACGUCUCUUCCAUUGACACAUUGUAGACGCUUUCCACUACGCUGCGCGAUACCAUUAAAUCUCGAAAAGAUAUUCCUCGUAACAUGUUCUAUAAUUUUCUACAAUUCUACAACUUUAUGUAUGUAAUAUAAGAUAUAAUAAUAUGUAAACGAAGAAAUAAUAAUAUGUAAACGAA